AUGACGAGCGUUUUCCAUGAACACAAACCCUCCGACGACGAUUCUCACGAGUCCAAGAUCGUCAUCAACGGGGAAGAAGAAGCAGAGGAGGAGAAUGACAAUCCCAUAGAAGAAGUCCGGUUAACCGUACCGAUAACCGACAAUCCAUCCCAACCUGUUUUAACAUUCCGGACAUGGUUUCUUGGACUUCUCUCUUGCAUAUUACUUGCAUUUGUGAACCAGUUCUUCAGUUUCCGGUCAAACCAGCUUUGGGUUUCGUCGGUGGCUGCUCAGAUCGUGACUCUUCCGCUCGGGAAACUCAUGGCGGCGACGCUCCCAACGAAGAAAUUCGGGUUCCCUGGGACGAACUGGACGUGGUCGUUUAAUCCUGGUCCGUUCAAUAUGAAGGAACAUGUUCUUAUUACAAUAUUUGCUAAUACCGGAGCCGGAGGAGUUUACGCCACCAAUAUUAUAACCAUUGUUAAAGCUUUUUACCACCGUCAACUCAAUGUCGCCGCCGCGAUGUUGCUCACACAAACCACUCAGUUAUUGGGAUAUGGAUGGGCUGGAAUCUUCAGGAAGUUCUUGGUAGAGUCGCCGUAUAUGUGGUGGCCGUCAAAUUUGGUUCAAGUCUCACUCUUUAGAGCUUUACAUGAGAAGGAGGAUCUACAAAAAGGGCAACAAACAAGGCUAAGAUUCUUCAUCAUUGUCUUCAGCGUCAGCUUUGCUUACUACAUAAUCCCGGGUUACCUUUUCCCUUCCAUUUCCGCGAUUUCUUUCGUUUGCUGGAUUUGGAAAAACUCGGUGACGGCUCAGAUUCUCGGUUCGGGGCUCAAGGGUUUAGGAAUUGGUUCGUUUGGUCUCGACUGGUCCACGGUUGCUGGUUUCUUAGGCAGUCCAUUGGCUGUACCAUUCUUCGCCAUCGCCAAUUUCUUUAGCGGAUUCUUCAUCUUCUUAUACAUUGUUCUACCUAUCUUCUACUGGACUAAUGCUUACGAUGCACAGAAGUUUCCGUUCUAUACUUCGCAAACAUUUGAUUCGAGUGGACAUUCCUACAACAUUACCCGUAUUCUCAAUGAGAAGAACUUCGAUAUCGAUCUACAAGAGUACAAUGAUUACAGCAAGCUAUAUUUGAGUGUGAUGUUCGCGUUGCUCUAUGGACUCAGCUUCGGUUCUCUUACCGCUACCAUCUCCCAUGUCGCUCUCUAUGACGGAAAGUUUAUAUGGGGAAUGUGGAAGAAGGCAAAGUCAGCAACUAAGGAUAAGUACAGCGAUGUGCAUUCAAGAUUGAUGAAGAAGAACUAUCAAGCAGUACCUCAAUGGUGGUUCAUCGUAGUUCUCGUUGUUUCCUUUGCUUUAGCACUCUAUGCUUGUGAGGGCUUUGACAAACAGCUUCAGCUUCCAUGGUGGGGACUUAUACUCGCGUGCGCCAUCGCCUUGUUCUUCACAUUGCCUAUCGGAGUUAUCCAAGCAACUACAAACCAGCAAAUGGGUCUUAAUGUUAUAACAGAACUGAUCAUUGGGUACUUAUACCCGGGAAGGCCACUAGCCAAUGUCGCUUUCAAGACCUACGGAUACAUCAGUAUGUCUCAAGCCUUGUACUUUGUCGGAGACUUCAAGCUUGGUCACUACAUGAAGAUCCCUCCAAGAUCUAUGUUCAUCGUCCAGCUUGUUGCAACUGUGGUUGCAUCAUCUGUCUGCUUCGGGACAACCUGGUGGCUCAUUACAUCUGUCGAGAACAUAUGUAACACGGAUUUGCUCCCUGUGGGUAGUCCGUGGACAUGUCCUGGAGAUGAAGUGUUCUACAAUGCAUCGAUCAUAUGGGGAGUGAUUGGUCCAGGGAGAAUGUUUACCAAGGAAGGUAUCUACCCCGGGAUGAACUGGUUCUUCCUUAUCGGCAUCUUCACUCCAGUUCCCUUCUGGUACCUAUCGAAGAAGUUCCCAGAGAAGAAAUGGCUAAAACAGAUCCAUAUUCCCUUGAUCUUCUCUGCAGUAAGUGCAAUGCCACAAGCCAAAGCUGUGCAUUACUGGUCCUGGGCCAUCGUUGGGGUUAUAUUCAACUACUAUAUCUUCAGGAAGUUUAAAACUUGGUGGGCGAGGCACAACUACAUCCUCUCUGCAGCGCUUGAUGCAGGUACAGCGAUUAUGGGAGUGUUGAUAUUCUUUGCCCUUCAGAACAAUGAUAUAAGCUUACCUGAUUGGUGGGGGCUUGAGAAUACAGACCACUGCCCUCUAGCGCAUUGCCCAACGGCAAAAGGUGUUGUCGUCAAAGGCUGUCCUGUGUUUUAA